AAGACCCUGUCAAAAGCCGACCGUUCAUUUAUUUUAAUCCCAUUGCAAAAUAAAAAAUCCAAACAGAGACGACUUUAAACAGAACAUAGUCAAUUAUAUAAUUACUAGUAUCAUCAUUGCCGCAAGAGAAAACUAACAUACAAGGGAGGCCUGGAGGGAGCUUACAGUUUCCUUUUGACUAAAUUUCUCUAAUUAUUUGGUCAGCUGCUUUCAGACGUGCAUAUCUAGUUGAUCGACCAUGAGCAAUUCAUCUAACGAUGGAGGAUCCAAUAUUCACGAUGACAACCCUGUUAGUGAGCAGCAGGCUCGCAACACUAGUGCUGACGACUCUUUUCUUUCUGGCAAUCCCCCUACAUAUGAUAGACGGACCGAGGAUGAAAUUGAAAUUCAUCAAGAAGAGCCUUUGGAGAUAAAAAAUCAUAACGAGCAUGACAAAUUCGAAGAACAAUCUGAUGAUGAUAAUCGUUAUGAGGAUGAUGAUUCUGAAGAGGAUUCUUCAGUACUUGUUGAACGUGAAGGAGGCUCGUAUUCUCCUAUAAAAAGUGCAAAAAUUCAGCAUGAGGAUUUGCCUUUGAUGAAACAAGGAGGGAGUAUUCCACAAACAACAACAUUCAAGCAGAACAUGGUGCGGCUGGUAGGAUUAUUUUUUCAAGGAAUUAUGAGCCACUCAUUAUCUGGAGGAGCUGGAAAGUCGAACAUAAUUUUCAGCUCUGAACAUAAGAUUGACCCAGAUGAUCUGUACUGGAUAAAUACGGAUGGUUAUUUUAGAAAGGGCGAACCUAUUGCCGGAUAUGGAGCUAUUGUACGAGAUGGUUCUGGUAACCCAAUUGUUGCAUAUUCUGGGAUUAAUCCUAAACCCUUUUCACUGAUUUAUCAUCAGUUGGAGGGAAUUAUGGCCGGUUUAGAACUUGCUAAGGAGAAAGGAAUUCGUAAGAUCGAAAUGUGUUGCAACUCAGAGCGGACCCGUGAAGUCAUUUUGAGAUUUUAUGAGGAUAGAGGAUUAGACUGUCCUCAUCGUCACAGUUCCUAUGGCUUCUCUGACGGUAAAGAUAUCAUUUGCAGGGCUUGUGUGGAGGUGUUUUUUCUUCACAGCACGCUCGAGCAAUCGCGUUUGUUCCCUCUUUUAAAUAACGUCAUAGCAUUGAUUUCUAGUUUAGAAUACACUUUUCAUAUCAAUGCUGUAGAAAGGAGACUCAAUCUAGCUGCAGAUUAUCUAGCGAAGCAGGCAAAGGAUGGGAAGUAUGAAGCUCAUAUGUUUCCAUACAAAUUGCGGGGCAUACUCGAGGAUGACGCUUGGGGAAGACCCUUGAAUGGGAUUCCCUUUUCCUCGCAGGGGUUUUAUGCUAGGAAAUGAGGAUUGAGAAUGCACAAGUAACAUAUGUUGUAUAUUCAACUACGUGAUGAUAACAAAAAGAAUUGAUCAGAUUGAUAGGGAAAAAAAUGAUUACUAUUAAAUUUUUCUUUUUGAUGAAAUAGACUUAUUCUUGACGGGCAUUUGCAUUGUCAUACAUGAUGCAUCUGAAUGAGUAUAUCUCGUAAUAAAGAGAAGACUGGCUUGUUUUUUCCUUUUCUCCAAAAUAAUAAGUUAAAUUGGUAUUUGCAA